AUCCAGUCAAGUGAAGAGCUUCAACCAUCAGCCAUGCCUGAUCCAGUGAAAACAUCCAAGAAGGGCUCCAAGAAAGCCGUCUCUAAGAGCACCUCAGCAGGUGGGAAGAAGAGGAGGAGGAGCAGGAAGGAGAGCUACGCCAUCUACGUGUACAAGGUGCUGAAGCAGGUCCACCCCAGCAUCGGCAUCUCCUCCAGGGCCAUGAGCAUCAUGAACUCCUUCGUGAAUGAUACCUUUGAGCGGAUCGCCGGUGAGGCCUCCCGCCUGGCUCGCUACAACAAGCGCUCCACCAUCAGCUCCAGGGAGAUCCAGACCGCCGUCAGGCUCCUGCUGCCCGGUGAGGUGGCCAAGCAUGCCGUGUCCGAGGGCACCAAGGCCGUCACCAAGUACACCAGCUCCAAGUAACCUGCUCUGAUGCUGACUGUGAAACUACACACAAAGGCCCUUUUCAGGGCCACCCACCAUCCAGCUAAGAGCUGCUCUCCAACAAUGUACAACUUUGUUCAUUCAUAUUUCAGUUUUUACUCAAUUAUUGUUUACAAAUCUGAAAAUAAACACAAAUCAGAUAGAGCUACACAGCAGUCAUGUAUAUUAAAGUAAGGUGUUUAGUACACAUGAAUGUAACUGCAAAACAUUAAAUAUAAAACUGCAUUUGUUAAAUUAUGAGGAAAUUUCUUCUCUACAACUUAAACAUUGAGUUUGUAUUGAUUAUUUAAUUACAGAAAAACAUCAACACUAAGGGAUUGAUCAAUC